UCCGGGCGUCUGCUGAGUCACAAAUCCCGGAAGCCCAGGGUCAUGGAGAGGAAGCCACGCUGGUCCACGCAAGGCCUUCCUGUUUUUUGGCCCCAAAUCCUCAGAGGCAGGGACUCCAGGGCCAAAGUUCCCACACCACCUUCACCUCCAGGGGUUCAGAAACCUGGGGCUCUGAGGCCAGGACACCGUGUGCCGAUGUCCCUGCUGCUCAGAUGGGGAAACUGAGGCACAGGGCUUGCCCGAGGCUUCCCGGAAGGACGAGGCUGCAGGUUUCUUACUCAGGACGUCCAGACUGCACCCCUGCGGGUGUCGCUUCUCGUCACCCCGACCUCGCCAUGCGGACCCCGCGAGCGCCCCCUCCUCGCCCGGCCCCACUGCUCCUACUGCUGCUACUGGGGGAAGCUAAUGGCCUCUUCCCCGAGGAGCCGCCGCCGCUCAGCGUGGCCCCCAGGGACUACCUGAACCACUACCCCGUGUUCGUGGGCGGCGGGCCAGGACGCCUGACCCCAGCAGAGGGUACUGACGACCUCAACAUCCAGCGGGUCCUGCGGGUCAACAGGACGCUGUUCAUCGGGGACAGGGACAACCUGUACCGGGUGGAGCUGGAGCCCCCCACGACCACGGAGCUGCGGUACCAGCGGAAACUGACCUGGCGCUCCAACCCCAGUGACAUCAACGUGUGUCGGAUGAAGGGCAAGCAGGAGGGCGAGUGUCGGAAUUUUGUAAAGGUGCUGCUACUUCGCGACGAAUCCACGCUCUUCGUGUGCGGUUCCAAUGCCUUCAACCCCGUGUGUGCCAACUACAGCAUGGACACACUGCAGCCCCUGGGGGACAAUAUCAGCGGCAUGGCCCGUUGCCCAUACGAUCCCAAACAUGCCAACGUUGCCCUCUUCUCUGAAGGGAUGCUCUUCACGGCCACCGUUACUGACUUCCUAGCCAUCGAUGCUGUCAUCUACCGCAGCCUGGGGGACCGGCCCACUCUGCGUACCGUGAAACACGACUCCAAGUGGUUCAAAGAGCCCUACUUUGUCCAUGCGGUGGAGUGGGGCAGCCACAUCUAUUUCUUCUUCCGGGAGAUCGCGAUGGAGUUUAACUAUCUGGAGAAGGUGGUGGUGUCCCGAGUGGCCCGGGUGUGCAAGAAUGACGUGGGGGGCUCCCCCCGGGUGCUGGAGAAGCAGUGGACGUCCUUCCUGAAGGCGCGGCUCAACUGCUCCGUGCCUGGCGACUCCCAUUUCUACUUCAACGUGCUGCAGGCUGUCACGGGCGUGGUCAGCCUGGGGGGCCGGCCGGUGGUCCUUGCUGUCUUCUCCACCCCCAGCAACAGCAUCCCCGGCUCGGCUGUCUGCGCCUUCGACAUGACGCAGGUGGCUGCCGUGUUUGAAGGCCGCUUCCGUGAACAGAAGUCCCCCGAGUCCAUCUGGACCCCCGUGCCGGAGGACCAGGUGCCACGGCCCCGACCUGGGUGCUGCGCGGCUCCCGGCAUGCAGUACAAUGCCUCUAGCGCCUUCCCCGAUGAGAUCCUCAACUUUGUCAAGACCCACCCCCUGAUGGACGAAGCGGUGCCCUCUCUGGGCCACGCGCCCUGGAUCGUGCGGACUCUAAUGCGGCACCAGCUGACACGAGUGGCUGUGGACGUGGGCGCCGGCCCCUGGGGCAACCACACCGUCGUCUUCCUGGGUUCCGAGGUGGGCACCGUCCUCAAGUUCCUCAUCUGGCCCAACGCCAGCGCCUCGGGCACCGCUGGGCCCAGUGUCUUCCUAGAGGAGUUCGAGACCUACCGGCCGGACAGGUGUGGACGGUUCAGCAGCGGUGAGGCGGGGCGGCGGCUGUUGAGUCUGGAGCUGGACACGGCCUCGGGUGGCCUGCUGGCAGCCUUCCCCCGCUGCGUGGUCCGCGUGCCCGUGGCCCGCUGCCAGCAGUACUCAGGGUGCAUGAAGAACUGUAUUGGCAGUCAGGACCCCUACUGUGGGUGGGCCCCUGAUGGUUCCUGUGUCUUCCUCAGCCCCGGCACCAGAGGCACCUUUGAGCAGGACGUGUCUGGGGCCAGCACCUCAGGCUUAGGGGACUGUACAGGUAAGUGGAGUGCGCGCCCGCGCGUGUGCGCGCGCGUGUGUGUGUGUGUGUGUUGGGGGCGGGUGCUGGCCUCCGUCAGGGCAUGGGAGGGGCGGGGGGCCUCACUUCCAGCAGGGGUGGCGGGGGAGGGACACAGAGAGAGAGGCCAAGAGACGGACACACAGACUCGGAGAGGACACACGGACCCCAGCGGACAGAGGGCCACAGAGAUGCCACCGAGCGGCCGGCCGGACUCACUGGCGGAGGGCGGACGGCCGGCGGGGGCCACCUGA